AUGACCGAUCUCAAUAUCUCGACCGAUAGCCCGGAUUUCUUGACUGAUGAUUCACUCCAUGAAGCUUAUGAGCUGGACAUCCAAUCAGGAAGAGGCGAGAAUGUGCGCUUUGGUGAGAUCGUCGCUUCCAAGGGAGACUCGGUAACAUCGAUUGUCAUUUUUGUGCGCCACUUCUUUUGCCUCUACGACCAAGACUACGUUCGAACCCUGGCUGGGCAAAUCACCCAGUCGUUACUCGACACUGUCCCAUCUAGUGCCAAACCGGCCCAGGUUAUCAUCAUCGGAUGCGGGGACCCUGCCCUCAUUGGACCGUAUAUGGAAGAGACAAGUGAUGAAUUUCCAAUCUACUCAGACCCAUCUGGGAAGAUCUACGAAACACUAAAAAUGAAAAGGAGUACAGAUGGUUUCACAGAUCCACCUCCGUACACAAGUGAAUCAUUUUCAACUGCCUUGGGAAAAGCUCUCAAACAAAUGUGGAAGCGCGGGUGGGCAGGGCUCAAGGGUGGCAAUUGGGAUCAGCAAGGGGGCGAGUGGAUCUUCCAACGUGGAAAGCUUCGGUAUGCUCAUCGCAUGGAAGGGGCCAGUGAUCAUCUCACAGCCGAGCGGCUUUGUGAGAUCUUGAGCGUUGAUCAUGACCCAAGUAAUACUUUGAUAUCCGAAGGUCCGCCACAAGAGACAAAGAAUACGCAAGAUGAAUGA